AACUAAAAUGGCUCCAUGUAGAUUACGGCAUUAAUACAAGUAAAGAAGACAAGCUCCAUACUUCCAAAAACACUUGUUCUCACUAUAAAUUCAUUCAAAUAAAGCUUCCAAUUUCACUAAAUGAAGGGGUCUCUGUAUAUUUGAGGAUUCUGUAGAAAGACCCUUUUGAUUUAUAGCUCAACUAUAAUGGCUGAAGAAAUUUGUUUCUUUACAAAGGAUGCUCUCAUCAUAAAACCUCCCAAGAAAUCUCCGGCAUUGUUAAGGAUAAUAGUUAUAGUGUUUGCAAUGGUUUGUGGUGUUUAUAUCUGUUCAACCUGUCUUAAACAAAAUAACACUGAGACAACAAGAAAACUCUUGAAUAUUGAAGUUGUAGAAAGGCCUUGUCAUGAAUAUGAUCGAUCUCAGAUUCCGUACUUGCAUUAUCCUAAACCGAAAACCUUUAGCAGGGCUGAAUGUUCCUGUAAUCCUGUACGUCUGUUUGCCGUUCUGUCAGCACAGAGGUCUGGGAGUGGAUGGUUUGAGACACUAUUAAAUAGUCAUAUUAAUAUAACCUCCAAUGGUGAAAUUUUCUCUGUCAAAGAGCGAAGAGAAAAUGCUUCCUCAAUCCUGAGGACUUUGGACAUGGUUUAUAAUUUGGAUUUGAUCACCAGUGCUUCCAAGAAUCACUGUUCAGCUGCAGUUGGCUUCAAAUGGAUGCUUAAUCAGGGGUUGAUACAAUAUCACAAGGAAAUCGUUGAGUACUUCAACAACAAAGGUGUCUCCGUAAUAUUUCUUUUUAGAAGGAAUCUGCUGCGCCGUAUGGUUUCAGUGCUUGCGAAUUCCUAUGAUCGUUAUGCUAGACUCUUGAAUGGAACACACAAGUCUCAUGUGCACUCAACUGAGGAGGCUUCCACUCUUGCAAAGUAUAAACCAGAAAUCAAUACAACAUUAUUAAUCACAGAUUUGAAGAGAAUGGAUGCGUCAACCAAGGAGGCAUUGGAGUACUUCAACAGUACUCGGAGCAUAUUUUUGUAUUAUGAAGAUCUUAUCAAAGACCACACGAAAUUAGAAGACGUUAUAGAGUUUUUAAGAUUGCCACAAAUGAAUUUAACUAGCCGCCAAGUUAAGAUACACAGCGGACCACUGCAGGAACAUGUCAAGAACUGGGAUGAUGUGAAUAAGACAUUAAAAGGAACAGCUUAUGAGAGUUUCCUCCGAUCUGACUAUUAAAUUUUUCGCCUUUGUUUUUUGAUGAAGGGGGAGAUGUAGAUAUAAAGAGAAAUCUAGUUUAGCUCCAGUUUUUCUUUUCUUUCCACAUUGCAAGUGUAAGUAUAAAAUAGUUGUCUUCUUUUAUCAUCCAAUCUUUCAAUGUUGCUGGUUUCUAAUCUCUUCUGUAAGUUAACUAUGAAAAGACUAAAUGUGCCAAUUGGUGCAUGUGAUGAAAGGUUCUU